AUGUGUUUUGGUUACGUGUUUCUCGUAGUUUCAGAGGAAGAAGUGCGACAGGAGGCUGUCCAACAAGCGCUUGCUGAGAUGCAGAACAGACCCAAGCCUUCUCUGCCGAUGCCCUCGAAGAGGACCUCCAUGAUGGCUAAGAGCCCUGACAGGGAGAGACAUGACCUCUCCUCAUCAUCCGACGAAGAUUCAUGUGCCGGCGACACGGAGCUGCCGCCGCCGCCGGAGCUGGGCUCGCCCCCGGCUCGCCGCCCCGCAGCUCCCCACCCUCGUGCACAUCCUCAUCCACUGCCACAACCCCAUCAUCUCCGGGAGAAGAAACAUGCUCCGAGGGAUAGAACUGAGAUGCGCGAUCGGACGGAAUUACGCGAUCGCACAGAAUUACGUGAACGUACUGAGAUUGAUCUCUCCGAACUUACGCAUUUGCCUGCUUGCGCACGUCGCGGUGGAGCCCUGGUAGCAGACCGAGUCCAGUGCUACGCUCAGCCCGAGGACACCGGCACCGGCACCGGCCGAUGGAAGGUAUCGGCUAAAAUACAGCAACUGCUUAAUACGCUGAAGCGCCCAAAGCGCCGCCCACUGCCGGAAUUCUACGAAGACGACGACAUAGAGCUCGAGCUGGCUGCCAACCCUAAGGAUCCUAAUGCUCCGAAGCCAGAAGGCGGCACCAUGACCCCAGCUGUGGGCGAACAGCUUGUGGUCCCUUCAGGGCUGCCUCGCAACCUUGAAGCCGCCCUGCAAAGAUACGGAACAGCUUCUUUCAAAGCUAAUGUUGCCACAGUCUUAGAUCCAAACGGGAAACUCAGCAACUCGCUAAAUUAUGGAAAACUGUUAAGUCGAUCACUAAAGAUCGCUCAUGCUCUGUUGAACAAGACGUUCACCUCGAAGACCAGCAGUGGUGGACCUUUGACAGGAGACAACUCCAUCAAGCCGGGAGAUCGCGUGGCACUAGUUUAUCCGAAUAAUGAUCCCAUAAACUUCAUGUGUGCAUUCUACGGGUGUCUCCAAGCGGGCAUAGUGCCAGUCCCAAUAGAAGUACCGCUGACUCGUCGUGACGCUGGCCUGCAGCAAGUUGGUUUCCUGCUUGGGUCCUGCGGAAUUCAAUAUGCGCUCACUUCUGAUAACUGCCUCAAAGGUCUGCCAAAAACAUCAUCUGGCGAUGUGGUAUCAUUCCGUGGGUGGCCGUCUCUGCAGUGGGUGUCGACUGAGAAGUUGCCGCGACCACCACGUGAUUGGAUCCCUCCCCCAAGACCCGCAGAGGACAGCCCUGCUCAUAUCGAGCAUACUUCAGCUGCUGACGGUUCCGCUAUGGGUGUAAUAGUCACCAGGGCGUCUAUGCUGGCUCACAGCCGCAUGCUGUCGGUGGCGUGUAACUACACGGAGGGGGAGCACAUGGUGUGUGUGCUGGACUUCAAGCGAGAGACCGGCCUGUGGCACGCCGUGCUCGCCAGCGUGCUCAACGGAAUGCACGUCAUCUUCAUUCCGUACGCGCUCAUGAAAGUCAGCCCCGCAUCCUGGAUGCACAUGAUUACUAAAUACAGGGCAUCUGUUGCUAUAGUAAAAUCCCGCGACUUGCACUGGGGUCUGUUGGCCACUCGUGAUCACAAAGAGAUCUCACUGAGCUCCCUGCGUAUGUUGCUCGUCGCUGAUGGUGCCAAUCCGUGGUCGCUAUCUUCUUGCGAUCAGUUCUUGUCAGUGUUCCAGAGCAAAGGUGUGCGUGGCGAUGCUAUUUGCCCUUGUGCGUGUAGCAGCGAGUCUCUGACUGUGUGCGUCCGUCGCGCGGGACGCGGCGGUGCUUCGGCCGGCCGCGGAGUUCUCUCCAUGUCUGGUCUAUCGUAUGGAGUAGUUCGCGUCGAUGCUGAGAACUCACUCACUUCACUCACUCUACAAGAUUGCGGACAAGUCAUGCCGUCCUGCGUGAUAGUAGUUGUGAAGAUGGAAGGUCCGUCGUACCUUUGCAAAACUGAUGAAGUGGGUGAAAUUUGCGUGUUGUCUGGUGCAACCGGGUCUGGGUACUGGGGUCUGCCUGGUCUGACCAAUACUGUAUUCCGCGUGCGUCCGCUCGACGCUGACGGCGAACCCAUCGGAGAAGAACAUUAUGUACGAAGCGGCCUCCUCGGCUUUUUAGGACCUGGCGGUCUUGUAUUUGUGUGCGGUUCACGCGAUGGUCUGAUGACGGUCACUGGUCGCAAGCACAAUAUGGAUGACAUUAUAGCCACCGUGCUGGCAGUAGAACCUAUGAAGUUCAUAUACCGAGGACGUAUCGCCGUCUUCUCCGUACGAGUGCUACGUGAUGAGAGGAUCUGCAUCGUCGCCGAGCAGCGCCCGGACUGUGGCGAAGAGGAGUCGUUCCAGUGGAUGUCCCGCGUUCUUCAGGCGGUGGAUUCGAUUCACCAAGUGGGCAUCUAUUGCCUGGCUUUGGUCCAGCCCAACUAUCUUCCUAAAACUCCCCUGGGCGGGAUACAUCUUAGCGAAUGCAAGCGUCGCUUCCUUGAGGGCACUCUGCACCCAGCCAACGUGCUGAUGUGUCCUCACACUUGCGUCACCAACCUCCCCAAGCCGAGGGAGAUCCAUUCCGAUGUGGGCCCCGCUUCUGUCAUUGUGGGGAACUUAGUGCAGGGCAAUCGCCUCGCUUCCGCUCAAGGACGCGACAUGGGUUACACAGACGAUUCUGAUGCCGCCAGAAAGUAUCAGUUCAUCUCUCAAAUAUUGCGUUGGCGCGCACUGAGCACCUCUGACCACGUGAUUUUCACGUUGCUCAAUUCGAAGGGCACUGUUUCCAAGGUCCUUACUUGCGCCGAACUACACAAGAAAGCCGAGAGGAUCGGCAACUUGCUACUGGAGAAAGGACGGGUGAACACAGGCGACCACGUCGCUCUAAUCUUCCCGCCGGGACUUGAUCUCAUUUGCGCCUUCUACGGCUGUCUGUACGUUGGCGCGGUCCCAGUCACUAUUCGCCCGCCGCACCCGCAAAACCUGCACACCACGCUGCCCACCGUAAGGAUGAUCGUCGACGUCAGCAAGGCUACGCUAGUCCUCUCCAACCAAUCUGUGAUAAAACUACUGCGGUCCAAGGAAGCCAGUAACGUACUUGAUAGCAAGGCUUGGCCUCUAACCCUCGAUACUGACGAUAUGCCGAAGAAAAAGCUGCCCAUACUGUACCGCGCACCAACCGCUGAGAUGCUUGCCUACCUGGACUUCAGCGUGUCGACGACGGGCAUGCUGGCCGGCAUCAAGAUGUCGCACGCUGCCGUCACCUCGCUCUGCCGCUCGAUGAAGAUCGCUUGCGAACUGUAUCCGUCGCGCCAUAUUGCUCUCUGUCUCGAUCCGUACUGCGGCCUCGGGUUCGCCCUGUGGUGUCUUAGUAGCAUCUACUCGGGCCAUCACUCAAUUCUCAUCCCACCUUCUGAGGUCGAGAUUAACCCCGGACUUUGGCUGAGUGCCGUCUCUCAAUACAAAGUGCGCGACACAUUCUGCUCAUACGGCGUCAUGGAGCUGUGCACCAAAGGAUUGGGUAGCUCUGUCAAUCAACUUAAGGCGAAGGGCAUCAGCCUGGCAUGCGUGAGGACAUGUGUAGUCGUGGCCGAAGAACGACCUCGCAUCAACUUGACCAAUUCCUUCUCUAAAUUAUUCUCAGCACUCGGUCUUAGUCCCCGCGCUGUGUCUACAUCGUUCGGCUGUCGCGUAAACAUCGCCAUCUGCCUCCAAGGCGCUUCUAGCCCAGAACCUUCUACUGUUUAUGUAGACCUUCGUGCUCUGAGAAACGACCGCGUGUCGCUUGUAGAACGAGGCAGCCCGCAUUCGCUCUGCCUCAUGGAAUCCGGCAAAUUGUUGCCUGGAGUAAAAGUGAUUACCGCUAACCCCGAAACUAAGGGCCAAUGUGGCGACUCCCAUUUAGGCGAGAUAUGGGUGCAGUCGCCACACAACGCCAGCGGAUAUUUCACCAUAUACGGAGACGAAAGUGAUUAUGCCGAUCAUUUCAGCGCUCAGCUUGUGACUGGAAAUACGGGCGAAGUGUACGCCCGCACUGGAUAUUUGGGCUUUUUGCGAAGGACGGAGAUAAGCUCGACUAGCCACGUAUCGGACGAUACCUCGAUGAUAACUCGCGACAGCGAUACCGAGUCGCUGGCAUCAGCUUGCGGCAGUCUCAACAUCAGCACGGAGACACACGACACACACGAUGCUGUGUUCGUAGUCGGUGCUCUUGACGAGACUAUCAUGCUGCGCGGUAUGAGAUACCAUCCCAUUGAUAUUGAAAACUCUGUAAUGAGGUGCCACAAGAAAAUCGCCGAAUGCGCCGUCUUCACUUGGACCAACCUGCUGGUGGUAGUGGUGGAGCUGGACGGCAACGACAGCGAGGCGCUAAACCUGGUGCCACUGGUGACCAACACGGUGCUGGAGGAGCACCACCUCAUCGUUGGCGUGGUAGUAGUGGUCGACCCCGGCGUCGUGCCCAUCAACUCACGCGGAGAGAAGCAGCGCAUGCACCUUCGUGACGGAUUCCUGUCCGACCAGAUCGAUGCAAUUUAUAUAGCCUACAAUAUGUAGGCCUCGAGACCAAGGCGGCCGGCGUCUCAUGCUCAGCCGACCACCUCGUGUUGCCCCAAGUCAACAGGAGCACGACCUAAAGUGACCGCGUCCAGCUCAAGGUCCCAUCGUUAAACCAUAAGACGUUUGAGUCAGUGAACCCAACUUCGACUUUUGUUUUAUCUCCCUUCGUGAUUAUGUAAUAACGGAACGGAAGAUCUAAAGACUGCAAAUGCGAAUUAUUUGUAAGCUGUUACGACUUGAUAAGACGAUCUGAAGUCGUAACUAGACUGAUAUAAGUCUGAACUUAGAUUGUUUUACCUUUACCCUAAUCCUCACUCGUAACUGACUCUCAUUUGACAUUAUUCGAUCACUGUAAACGGUCACACAGAUAUUACGACCGAUACCCUCGACCGCAGGCAUGUGCAAGCGUUCUGAUUGUACAGUAACUGUAUGCUACGUGUAGAAAAAACAUUACCCUAAAGCUGUCUUGUCGGUUCUUUCUCGGAAGACCUUUUCAAAUUCUCGAUACCUAAUCUAAUACUGAAUUAACCAAGUUAAAGUUAUUUAGUUCUUAACUUUGACAUCGUUGUAUAGCGCCAUCUAUAAGAUCUGCAUAGACUGCACUUGUAAAACAUCAAAAAACGAACUUCAUGCGUUUACCACAAGAUGUUUCUAUGCUCAACGUAUAUUAAUAACUAAUUUUAUAUUAUUAUUAUUAAUUCAUUUUCAAUAUUAAAUUUUCAUCGUCAUUAUACUAUCUAAAAUUAAUAUCGUCUAAUGAAUUUUAUUUACCUUGGAAAAUAACUUCCAGGAAACUGAUUUAAUAAUUAGUCAAGGUUUUGCCAUAUUCGGGAAUCUAAAAGAUUUCAUGAAAAAAAUUAGACUUAGCUCCAUAGCACCAAAGCCUCGUCAAUAACUAUUAGAUGUAUAAUGCCAACAAAUAGAAUAAUGUUAAAAUACUUUUGGGAUCCAAUAAACAGUGACAUAUACAGUGUGUUGCAGCCUAGCACAGUGUAUAACAGCGACGAAACUGCAAAACAGUGGAUACUCCAGAUUGCUCGAGCUGUCAGUGAUGUAGAAUCAAAACGCAGUCCAUGCCUGCAUACUGCAUAGUUGGAAUGUAGUCUCGUUAGUAGGAGUUAUUAAAGGACAGACAUAUGCGUAAUCUUUUCGUAACACAAUUAUAUUGUUGUGAUUAUCGUAAAUCCAUGAUUUCUAUGCUAGUGUGUAUUUUAAAUUAUGUAUUACGAUAAUAUACUUAGUAUUAGCGAUUAUUGCAAGUAAAAUGUAUUGCAUUUAAAGUGUUAACGUUAGAUAAUCAUUUAUUUCAAUCGUUGAUUAUAUUUCGGCGCUAAAUGUUCUCGCUGGCGAUUUUGAUCUGUUGAAGUAUUUUUUACAUUUCUAAAAGGUAAAAAAUUACACUUUUUUAUUUCUGUAACAGCCUGAAAAUGGAGGGCAUUUGUGUUAUUACGUAAUAGUUUACUAUAUUCAAUAAUACGAUUAAUCAUAGUAAUAGCCGUGUUUUUGCUAGUAUCAUGACCGUUUUAACCCCUUAGGAACGGUUCAAAUGUUUUAAAAAUCUUGUUGUCUAUCGGUAUUUUUCUGAAAUUUCAAUAAUAUGGAUGUCUAGCAAGCUUGUCACAUAGGACAGUAAUUUCGUUGUUCAUUCUUCGUAUAUUCGCAGUGUGAAACAAAUAUAAUGCUUAUUGAACACAUCUAUUUUGUGUCUAUUCAAUGUUAGAUCUCAAAGAAUAAGAAAUAGUAAUAAUUAUAAUACAUUGUAUGUGUAAUUCUUAAUGGCAUGUUUACAGACCUUCAACAGAUUUCAUUAAAAUAUUAUUUCUAUUAUGUUCCAUUCCAGUAUACGUUCAGAACGAUUAUUACAUUAAAUAAUUAUUAUUGAAAGUAUGUCUUUAUUAGAUUCCAUUAUUUACUAUUAUUAUUAUUUUGUAAUUAUUUAUUGCUAAAUUGUACAUAUAUUUUUUGUUAUUUAAUUUUACGUUAAAUGAUUUCAUUAUUUAGCUCUUAAAUGUUGUUUUAUUAGACGUGGAAGGUUUAAUUAAUUGAUUAGGAUCAAAAUUGUUUCGAUCAAUGAAUUCAUGUAUGUAUAGGAAAUAGUUCAGAAUAUUCCUUUAGUUACAUUUAUGAAGGUAUAAUUUUAUAAUUAAAAAAUGUAGUCAUUAAAUAAGUAUACAAGUAGAUUAAACUCAGUUUUAUGAACAAACGUUUGUUAUUUGUAGUCCUUGAUUGUAUAAGCAUGUUUGGGAAUCGGCCAGUGCCAUCGCGCACUCGGCCCCGUAGCGUAUAUCUCGUAUGCACACGCGCCCGGAGGCGACGCAGUAACCGCACUUGCAUUGUUCCCAUUGUAUACUUACCAUUUAACAUUUUUGUAAAACUUUUAUUGCGCACAAAAAUUCAAAACAAAUUUUUGGCAACUUUAUACUAUAACCCAUUAUUUUCUAUUGUCGCCAAAGACAUUAUUUGGAACUUUGUAACAGCUUUUACAAUAUGUGAUUUUUUUCUGAAAAUGAAUAAAUAAACGUGCAUUCUGGUUCGAAUAAU